AUGGGGGCUGGUCAGUCUACUGCCUCACAAGCUCCUCCACGCGCUCUACACGUCUUGCGCGUCACUCCCUCGUCGCCUGCAUCUCAAACCACUAUUGAACCGUUCUUUGACUUUGUCGUUGGCUUCCAAGGAGACAACUUCGCCCCAAACAACACAGUCGAUGCUGCUCAACUAGAGAAGAUAGUCGAAGGCCAUGAGGGCAGGACGCUGAACCUGUUGGUCUGGAAUAGCAAGAGUCAAGAGACACGAGUGGUGCCCAUAGUACCGUCAAGAGACUGGUCAUUACCGCACUCGAACAUCCCCGAUCCGAAGGAACCAGAAGCGGAGGCCAAACCAUCGCUUCUCGGCCUCAGCAUGCGCAUGUGCGAGCCCGAACUCGCACUUGACAACGUAUGGCAUGUGCUGGACGUCCUGGAGGGCAGUCCGGCGGAAAGUGCAGGGCUUGUGCCGUAUGGCGACUGGAUUAUUGGAUGGUCUGGUGGUGUGUUGAGUGCUGAAGGCGACUUUUACGAGGUCGUGGAAUCCCAUAUUGAAAAACCCCUCCGAGUUUACGUGUACUCGUUUGAUUUUGAUACGAUCAGGGAAGUUGUAUUGGUUCCCAAUUGGCAUUGGGGCGGAGAAGGUCUGCUGGGAUGUGUGUUUGGGUUCGGCCUUCUCCACCGCAUUCCUCCUCUACCACCGGACAGGGAGCCAGGAUCUAUACCUCCAGAAUUGCUGGAGGACGUGGAUGAAUAUGAGGAGCAGCAAUUGUUCGUUCCUGCCGAUUAUCAUGGCGAGUCAGAGUACACGGAGCACAGCGAGGACGAUUGGCAGCACGAAGAGUGGAUGCGGCAGUCGUACGCGAGCAGCUAUGACCGUGAUCCGUCUAUUGAAAUCUCUUCCGCGUACUCGUCCGGUCGUGAGCUUGAAACCGAGCAACCGUCUCCUCCCGCUGAGGAUCCUCAGCCCGUCGAAGAGACACAGGGAAGCCGUGACGGUAAUUCUCCUGGACCGUCUCAAUCAUCCGCUUCUGACUCGGCCAGUGAGCAUGAACAUUGGGCACCAAGCAUUCCUGUAGUGCAAGUUACACCGGUGCGAGCCAGCGCAUUUGUUGUUCCCCGCUCGGGGACGCCAACGCCGUCCCAAGUGCUGGGAUCCUUUCAUAUGAAUGGUAUCGGCAUAAGCCCGCGAACAGCCUCAUGGGAUGGCAGACCAAGGGUCUUCGAUCUCGCGAACAGGGAGAUGGCGCACAGGGCCGCUGAAGGCGGACGCGAUGGCGAUUCUGACGGCGACGAUGUUGAUAGCGUCACCGACACAAAUGUCACGGAGACGACUGAGAUGGAUAGCGAAGUGACUUCACAAGCUGGUAGUCUCACGAGUAUCGAUUAG